AUGGAUGUCAAAAUAUUAGAAAAGCCCUCGGGCAUUUCUCGCAUUUUCAACAACGACAGCGCUACAAACAAUGGCGCCGUUGUGGUCGCGUCUCGCACCGAUCUCGCCUCGAACAAGCAGGAGCGUGAGAGAGUCCGUCGUCUGAGAGAGGCGAAUAAGUCUUAUGGGCGCGGGAGGAGGGUCAACACCAAAGACAUCAAGGACAAGAAGCUGCGGCGGAACCUGAAGACCCUCAAUUCUAAGAACGAGAACGCCAUUCUCAAAGCCAAGGAUGCCGAGAUCCUGCUUGAGAAUACCGGAGGAUUCCUCGAACCCGAGCACGAGCUCGAGCGCACAUACAAGGUCCGCCAAGAUGAAAUCGUAAACGACAUAGCCCUCGAGACCGCGAAGAAGCGAUUCGAGCUGAAGUUGGAUGCGCUGGGCCCCUACGUCUUCGAUUACUCGAGGAAUGGACGAGAGUUGCUGUUGGGAGGUCGCAAAGGCCAUGUUGCCGCUAUGGAUUGGAGAGAAGGAAAGUUGACCUGUGAGGUACAACUCGGAGAAACAGUUCGGGACGUCAAGUGGCUACACAACAACCAGUACUUUGCGGCUUCUCAGAAGAAGAACGUGUACAUCUAUGAUCGCAAUGGUGUUGAGCUGCAUUGCUUGAAGAGACACCAGGAAGUCACACACAUGGAAUUCCUACCCUAUCACUUCCUAUUGGGUACCAUUGGUACCACCGGAGUUCUUAAAUACCAAGAUGUAUCGACAGGUCAGCUUGUGGCCGAAGUGCCUACAAAGCUUGGUCAGCCCGUCUCCCUCGGACAGAAUCCAUACAACGCCAUUCUCAACGUUGGUCACCAGAACGGAGCCGUCACUCUUUGGUCGCCAAACUCUCAAGAGCCCCUGGUAAAGCUGUUAGCUCACAGGGGCCCUGUUAGGUCGUUAGCGAUGGACAGAGAAGGACGAUACAUGGUUUCUACAGGACAAGAUAUGAAGAUGGCCGUCUGGGAUAUCCGGAUGUUCAAGGAGGUCAACAGCUACUUCACACGCCAACCUGCUACAUCUGUAGCCAUUUCAGAUAGCGGGCUAACAGCUGUUGGAUGGGGCACUCAAACAUCUAUAUGGAAGGGCCUGUUCGACAAGAACGCCCCGGUCCAGCAGAAGGUGCAGAGCCCCUACAUGUCCUGGGGCGGUGAAGGAAACCGCAUGGAGCGCGUGAGAUGGUGUCCGUUCGAAGAUGUCCUAGGUAUCGGUCACGAAACCGGCUUCUCCUCGAUCAUCGUUCCUGGUGCCGGAGAGGCCAACUUCGAUGCUCUGGAAAUCAACCCAUUCGAGAACACCAAGCAGAGACAGGAAGCCGAAGUGAAGGGGCUGCUCAACAAGCUCCAGCCCGAGAUGAUUGCUCUAGACCCCAACUUCAUCGGAAACCUGGACUUGAGGUCCGACAAGGAGAGGAGAGCAGAGAAGGACCUGGACGCGGCCGCGCCGGAUAUCGAGGAAGAAAUCCGAAACCGGGCAAGAGGCAAGAACGGCGCGCUGAAGAAGUACCUGAGAAAGCAGAGGAGGAAGAACAUCAUCGACGAGAAGAGGCUCAAGAUCGACGAGAUCUGGAAGGAGCGGCAAAAGAUGAACAACAAGAAGCGAGAGGAGCAGGAAGAGGAUCUGGGACCGGCGUUGUCGAGAUUUGCCAAAAGAGAAUAG